AUAUAAACACGUUUUGAUGUUUUGUAAUAGAGAAAAGAAUAAAUAAACGAAGUUCAAUUUUCAAAUCAACCUUUCGAAAAUUAUAAUGAUGUUUCAUUUUGUUCUUUACGGUGACUAAUUUUGCUGCUUUGGAUUUUCAAUUUCAAUGGAUACAUUUGACGGUGGGAUUUAAUUGUAUAAUGGUAGAAUAAGCGAAAAAUCACGAUGAUAAGAUUGCUGUUGAUUGUAACAUCAUUGACAAUCGUUCAUGUGUGCUUGUCAGUCACAGAUGAUUGUACGAGUAACAAAAAGGAAAAGCACUUGCCUUAUUUACAUCAUAUUUCCGAAUUUAGAAAGAGAAGUAAGGUUUCAGGUAAAAUACUUUGUAAAAAAUGGUCAAAAUCAGAACCCGUUAUACAAGAUUCAGUUCUUGGGCUGCAUGGCCUAUUGCACGCCAGAUCCCAAAGAAAAUUUCAAGAAAACACUACUACAGCUGGAAACAAUCAAUCGCUAAAAAAUGAUACAUUUCAAAAGUCGAAAAGUGAUUUGGGAUCAAAACGUUCAAGUUCCACUCUCCAUGAUAUCAAAUUGAGAAAAGAAACAAUAAGCAUGCUGCACAAAAUCGUUGAAAAAUAUUUUCCUGGUGGCAAUCUUACAGUAGAGCAGAAGAUAAAAGCGUUGAAGUUUCUUGGAAAGUUAAUGAAAAUGAAAAAGGGAGAAAAGAAUUCCGACUUUAAAAUAUUGUUGAAAUCUUUGUCUGCUUCUGAAUCUGACAUAUCAUCAAACUCAAUGCGAAAGCCUGGGAAGAAUGAUGAGUCAGCAAAAAAUUACAAAACAUCCUCAAGCAAUGAUGGAGAUAUAUAUGCCAAUAUUGCUAGUGGGCCAGAUAUCCCUAAACUUCCACCUUUGAUCAAUGAAAAAGAUCCUGAUCAUGCGCACUCCAAAAUUAUGCCUGUUGGUCUGCAACCUGUAUCUGAAGGGACACCAGAUGAAAUGUUGAGCCCAAUGACUGGGACAAAUGGUAUAAGUGAUAAUUAUAAUGGGAAAAUAAGUGUAAGCCAGUCUCCAUUUGGUCGCUAUGAAAACAAUAUGGGACUUGAUGGAACCUAUAGAAACAUCAACGGACUUUAUGGAAAUGAAAUGGAUCGUUCUGUAAUGUCAGACAUGAUUGAUAAUGAAGGAUACACUCGUGAUCGUUUGCCUUAUCCAAAGAGUUAUGCAGCAAGGCUGCCACAUUGGCAUUCAUAUUAUGAUGAUGAUGAUGAUGAUGAUGAUGAUGACGAAAACUACAAUGACGAUACUGAUGAUCCUGAAGAUGAAGGCCGGAAUGAUGAAGAUGAUGAUGAUGAUGAUGAACAUGAUCGAGAAAGGUCUUAUGUUUAUCAUCAUCAUUUUUAUGACGAUUAUGACGAAAGCGAUGAUGGUGAUAUUGAUGACAUAAGAUUUGCAAAAAAAUUUGAUAAAAGAAAUAAGAUUUCCAAGAGUUCUCGUCAGAGACAAAAAAAUGAAAAAUUGAAAACCCAGGCUACUCAAGUUUCAAAAUGACUACGAAAAAAACAGUUUUGUAUAAAUUAAUGUUUCACACCAGGGAAAAAUACCUAACGUACUGUACUUUAAAAAUGUAUUAUAUUUAACCAAAAUUUACGUGAAUUCUGUCAUAUAAUAAUGACAUUUUUCUUCUCCAGCAUGUCUGUAUUUUUCGCAUUGAAACAUAUAGGCAAGCACACAAUUUCUAAAAUUACAAAAUGUUUAAACUAAUAUGAAUUUUCAAUAAAAAAGGGUAAACUUUACACAUGGAAAAUUUAAAGAAAAAUUAUUGUUUUAGAAGAAGAAUCAUGCAGAUGUCCUGUCUUACAAAGUCAGAGGAAUGUUUUUAGCAUGUACUUAUACUGAUGUAAUUGUAGUUGACUUUAUUUCUAAAUAAGAAAUAUUCAACCCGUCAAUCUUAA